GUAGCAUUGCUACCAUUCCAAGCCCUCGCAACGUCCAAAACCGACUUCCUCUACCGGGCUCUCAAUGCAACCGACGUCCUGAACGAGCAAUACUACAAUCACAUCUCCGGUCUGUGGCAAAACUUCUGGUGGAACUCCGGCGCCAUCCUCUCCACAAUCGGAGAUGUCGCACUCCUCUGUCCCGACUUCAAGGCGACCGCAAGAGAUAUCUUCAGCAACACCCUCGUCGCCACAAAAGCUUCCAACAACGGCGACUUCUUAAACGAGUACUACGAAGACGAGGCCUGGUGGGCAAUGGGCUGGAUCAAAGCCUACGAUGUCACGAAAGAAGUCCAAUACCUCCACGAAGCCCAAACCAUCCACCUCGACCUCCUCACCUCUCUCACAACCCACUGCCACAACGGCGGAAACUGGUGGUCCAAAACCCAGGACUCCCUCCCCUCCAUCAGUGCGCAACUCUACCUCGCAGUUACCGCCUCCCUCGCCAACCGUCUCUCCGCGUUUCCUCGACUACCAACAACGACCGAUGUACCAGACUACACGGCCCUCGCCCUCUCUCAAGCCGAAUGGCUACUCAGCUGCGGCAUGCGGAAUGAAGACGGCACCUUCAACGACGGACUAUCACUGUCCACAUGCGCACCGAUCGGGCCGGUGUACUCCUACAACCAAGGCGUCAUCCUCGGCGCGCUGGUCGAGUUGGCGCACUUGACGUCAAACGAGACGUACCUCGACCUCGCGAUUUCAAUCGCUCACGCCGGCAUCGCCGCCCUCGCGACGCCUCAUGGUGGGAUCUUGACGGAGAUUGGUUCGGAAGAAGGUAUGGAUCCCACAGGGGCGCAGUUCAAGGGUGUGUUUGUCCGGAAUUUGGGAGAUUUGAAUUCCAAGCUGGGUGGAGUGCGGGAGUUUGAGCACUUCUUGAGGAAGAAUGCGGACAGUGUUUGGGACAAGGCGAGGGAUGACCAGGGUAGAAUUGGGUCGUUUUGGCAGGGUCCGGUGAUGAGUUUGAGUGCUUCUAGUCAAGGGAGUGGGAUUGACUGUUUGGUCGCUGCGGCGGGGGUGAAG